GUGGAAGAAGCAGCUGGGAGGAGGUGUUGUUGUUGUUGUGGUUGUGUUUUUAACUUUGCGAGCCGUCAAAAACAAAAAACAACUUAACUGUACGAAUGCGGGGAGAAGAGUCGUCUGAUUCCGAGUCGGGGAGGAUGGAGGAGAGCUCGGUCCGGAGGAGUUUGGAGACGUUGUGUCAGGAGUUGAACAUGGACGAGCAGACGGCCACUGAAGCCAUGGACAACUUCACUGCCAUCUGGGACACAUACACACUGGAGGGAGAAGUUGUCCACUGGCUCGCCUGUUCUCUGUACGCAGCCUGCAGGAAAGGAUCCACUCCCACCGUCGGUAAAGGACUGAUGGAGGGAAACUGUGUCUCUCUCACCAGGAUCCUCCGCUCCUCCAAACUCAGUUUGAUCCAGUUCUUCUCUAAAAUGAGGAAGUGGGCCGACAUGUCCAACCUGUGUCAGGACUUCCGGCUGCGGAUGGAUCGGCUGGAGCGCAACUUCGAGGUUUCCACGGUGAUAUUCCGCAAGUUCGAGCCGAUCUUCAUGGAUAUGUUUCAGAAUCCGGGAGGAGAGCCGCCGAGGCAGCCGCGCAGCAGGAAACACAGACGGUUGCCGUGUCACAUCAGUGAUGUGUUCAAGUUCUGCUGGACGCUGUUUGUCUACACAAAAGGUAACUUCCGUAUGAUCGGUGAUGACCUGGUGAACUCGUACCACCUGCUGCUCUGCUGUCUGGAUCUGGUGUUUGGCAACGCUCUGCUGUGUGCAAACAGGAAGGACCUCAUCAACCCCACAUUCAGAGGUCUACCGGCUGCCUACCGCACCGACGGCCACGUUUCCCAGGACGGGCUUCCUCCGUGCGUGUUGGAUAAGUUGUGCGAGCUGCAUGACGGACUGGUGGUCGAAGCGAAAGGCAUCAAACAGCACUACUUCAAACCUUACAUCCAGAAACUCUUCCAGAAACAGAUCCUGAAAGGUAACGACGAGCUUUUGACAGAAAUGCUGGAUCCUCAGAACUUCAUUGAUAACAAUAAAGCCAUAAACAGAGAGUAUGAGGAGUACGUGUUGACGGUGGGAGACUUUGAUGAGCGAGUGUUUCUCGGAGCCGACGCCGACGAGGAAAUCGGCACCCCGAGGAAAAUCGUUCAGGAACCUUCAGCCAGUCAGACGACGGCUCACAGCCAGCUGCAGCAGCACGUAGAGAAGUCGGGCUCUCUCGCCCCCUCCACCCCUCUAACAGGUCGAGUCUACCUGAAGGAGAAGGACCUGCUCGUCACGCCCGUUUCCUCGGCGACGCAGAGUGUCACCCGGCUACAGAGCAUGGUGGCCGGUUUACGGACCGCACCCAGCGAUCACCUGACGCAGAUUUUCAAGUCUUGCUCCAGAGAUCCAACCGAGUCCAUCCUGGCUCGAGUCAAGACGCUCGGACAAACCUUUAAAGAACAUUACACCAACGACUCAGAGGACACGUCCGGGUCUCAUAUAGAUUUUGCAGAGAACCGACUGAAGCUUGCUGAGAUCCUUUACUAUAAGAUCCUGGAGUACGUCAUGGUGCAGGAGACCAAACGGCUGCACGGCAAAGACAUGAGCGUUUUAUUAGAGCAGGAUAUCUUCCACUGCUCCCUGAUGGCUUGCUGUCUGGAGGUGGUGUUGUUCUCCUACAGCUCCCAGAGAACCUUCCCCUGGAUCAUCAACGUCUUCAAGCUGCCCCCCUUCUACUUCUUUAAGGUGAUCGAGGUGUUUAUCCGCUCAGAGGAGGGUUUGUCCAGAGACAUGGUGAAGCACCUGAACUUGAUCGAGGAGCAGGUUCUGGAGAGCAGAGCAUGGACCGCUGACUCGUCCCUGUGGAGCGCUCUGCAGGCCGCCGGGAACAAAGUGCCAACAGUGGAGGAGGUGAAUUUUACCUCCAGUUUAGACUCUGGUUCUGGUUCUGGUUCUAGUUCUGGUUCUUCUUUGGGAGUUCAGUCCCACCUUCCUCUGGUCGCUCUCUCACCCAUCAUCCACCCCCGAAAGGAGUUCAGGUCAGGACUGGGCAGCGCUCGAAAAGACGUUCCUCCCUCUCCUCUCUCGGUACAUGACAGGUACAGCUCGCCGGCGGCCGGCAGCGCCAAGCGUCGUCUCUUCGGUGACGACCCUCCGGCUGUGACGUCGAGUUUGAUCACAGGUUUGAGUCCGAUGUCGUCUCCCGCCAAAAGGCUGACGUUUGGAUCGAGCAGCACUCUGAAGAUCGGAGGUCCGGGUUCUCAGACCACCGUCCUGAGUUUCCCACUGCAAGGUUUAAGUAACGAGCGCACCGUCACGCUGAUCCCAGUCCAGCCCUGUGACUCUUCAGGAACCAUCACGGCUCAGUUCCUGCUGACCGCCUCACCGAGCCGUGCUGCAGCCGUGACCUCUGACCCCCAGACAGGAAGUGGACGGCCGAGACGCACCGGGUCACUCGCUCUGUUCUUCAGGAAGGUGUAUCAUCUAGCCAGUGUGCGUCUCAGAGAUCUGUGUGUGAAGCUCGACGUUUCCUCGGAGCUUCGAGGGAAGAUCUGGACGUGUUUCGAACACUCUCUGGUUCACGCCACCGACCUGAUGAGAGACCGACACCUGGACCAGCUGCUGCUCUGCAGCGUCUACAUCAUCUCCAAAAUCACUAAAGAGACUCACACCUUCCAGGACAUCAUGAAGUGUUAUCGCAGCCAACCACAAGCCAGCAGCCAUGUUUACCGCAGCGUCUUACUGCGUCGGACUCCCAGAGAACAGGUGGCCGAUGAGAACAUGGAGGUGGAUCCUGCAUCAGGUGGCGAAUCCGCAGAGAAAACCAAUCAGGUUUCAGGAGCAGCCAACGCCGACCAAUCAGGAGAGGAGGAGCGCGGUGACCUCAUCCAGUUCUACAACAGCGUCUUCGUGCUGAAGAUGAAAAGCUUCGCUCUGCGUUACGCUACACACGAUAACCGGGCGGACGCUCCUCCUCUCUCUCCGUUCCCGUCGGUUCGAGCUCAGCCUCUGUCUCCUCGUCGCAUCUCUCAGAGACACUCGCUCUACGUUUCUCCUCACAAGAACUCUGCAGGCUGCUUAACACCCAACUCCUACACGUACAGGAUCAACAGCAGCCCGUCCAAGGAGUUAUCGGACAUCAACCGAAUGAUCCGUCAGGGCAGCGUGAGCAGGAAGCGGGCGUUCACCAUGGAGGGCGACAUGAUGAUGUCAUCGGCGUGCGACUCCCCCAGUAAGAGGGCGUGCCCCGAGAACGGCAGCAGCCCCGACGUCCUGCUGAAGCGGUUGCAGGAUGUCGUGUCGGAGCGGCAGAGUCACUGACGGACUUCCUGUUACAUGAAGAGAAACGUUUCAGGUAACGUUUCUCUUCACUUCCUGUUUAUCUUUAUAUAUAUUUUAUAUAUAUAUUAUGACCUCAUCGUCGUA